UAAAUAUUUGUACCAGUUCUUAUUUUCUGAUGUAAUUUUUUAAAGGAAAUUUGUUUACUUCCGCUCCAUACAAAAUGGCGACCAAAACACGCAUGUCAAAAAAAUCGAAAGUGCAACUCCAAGAAGUGUUAACAGAUACAGAGUAAAUUAUUCUUUGUCAAUAUAAAGUUGUGAAUAUGAUAUUUCAUAAUCAUUAAUUGCUGAUUUUUUAUUAAUUUUGAUUGAUUAUCACCAAAUUGUUUUUUCUUUUAAAUUUGUUUCCCACUCAGUAACGGACAUUCAAUUCUUUUUCAUUCUUCCUAUAUUUUGCUAUAAUAGACCGUGAUGUCCAUACAAUGUAGGCCCAUUUAAUGCGGUCUGUGCCAGUCACGUUUGAAGGUUAAAAUCCGUAAUUUGGGGUGGAGCUGCAGGGAGGAUGGUAGGGUAAGCCUGGUUAAGUGGUGGAGUUUAAAAAAAGUUUAAUUAUUGGGUUAACAGUAGACUGAGUAGUAUGCAUUUGGAGUUUGGUCAAGAGUUGUCUCACCCUAAGCGCACUGAUGUAGCUUUGGGUAGGGACCUCGGUAUCAACCGGAAAUACCCGAUAAACGGGUAUCGUAUUUUCGUUGUCAUAAUGGCGACCUCUACUUUUUAAUUUACCGGUAUUGAGGGUAUCGUUGUUUCGCGUUUUAUAAUCGAUUUUUAGGCUAUGUAAUUUGUCAUCAUGGCCACCGUGCUUGUCUGCUUAUUUCCAAUUAUCGAUAGCAGCCAUGGGAUAAUUAAUAAUUCAUUAAGUUGGUUAUUCAGAGUGUAAACGGGAAAUAUAACUAAUAAUAAAUCAUUUUAUAAAAAUAAAAAAUGUUUUAUAACAUAAAUAAUUAUUAUUGGCUUAUUGAAUAUCAGUGAUUUUAAUUUUUGGGUUGGUUGCCAUGGACCUGGCUGACACUGACAUGGGAUUGAUAAGCUUUUGUCUUUGACUUAGAUAGGGAUAGGCUUAGUAAAAGUAUUAUAAUAGUAAUUACACUAUUAUAAAUGAUUUAAUAAGGAGUGGGAUAAAUAGCUUUUAUUACAACUAAUAUAUUUAUCAUUUAUAUUAGUUUAUAUAUUUAUAGAUAAAUAUUUAUUUUUAUAUACAUAUAUAUAUAAUGACCAUAGGCUAAAGGCAGGCCUUGUAUACAUAUAGUAUAAUACAAUACUAUAUCAGGGUUAAGGCCUAGACGCAACCCAACUAAUUUGUAGGGCCUAUUAUAAUAAAUUAUAUUUAAUAAUAUUUUAGGAUAUGUAAUAAAAUUUUAAUGAAAAUUGUGAUUCUUACAAACUAAGUAAAACAUUUUAAAAUAUUCACUUACCUUUGGUAUUGCAAUAUCCUAUAUUUAAUCACAUAUCACAAUAUUCCAAAAGAGAAUUAUUAUAUAAUCCAAAGAAAAAAACACACUUUCUGGCACUACAAUCCAAGAACUACUUAAGAUAUUAUUACUAAAGAACAAUCAUAAAAACCUGUACUUACCUCUAGUAAAUAACUAGAACUUAUUUUAUUAACAGCUAAAGUCAAAGUUGAUUCUAACAAUACAUGUUGAUUUGUAAAACAAGAUUACAAACUUAAAAUAAAUGACAUGCUGAUUGUUUUGUUAUACUCUUAGGAAUAAUAUAAUAUAUAGUAUACAUAUUAGAAAAUGGUAAAAUAAAAAGUGUAAUUGUCAAUUUUAAAUAAAUAAAACAAAUAAUCCCUUUAUUAUUUGUUUAUGCUUAUAAAUGCUAAACAAUUCCACAGAAAAUGUGCAAUUAAUAUCUAAAGAAUAUUAUUAUUAUUAUGAUUUUUGGUUAAUUAAAAACAAAAUUAUAACCAAAUUGUAAUUAAUUAAUUACCAAUAAGUGAUGAGUCAGCAUUUUUAUACAUUUUUAAUAGGCAAAUAAUAAAGUUUUUUUUAAAAAAUAUUUGCGGCACAUUAACAAAAACUAACAUAUAUUUUGUGGCUUUAUUUAGAAGUACUCUUAUUUAACUAUGUUCCUGUAAAUAUUAUAUUUUUGUCUCAUUUUAUAAUAAAGUUAUAGGCAUUAAAAAAAAAGCAAAAUGAGGGUCACGAAAUGUUGAGGAAAAUCCCAUAGUAAAAAAGUGGUUUUGAGGUCCUUACUAAAAAAAUUCAUAACUUUUGAACCACUUGAGCUAGAAAGUUGACCUUCGUGUUUUUGUAAUCUAUUCUCCAGGCUCUAUACAGCUGUAGUAUUUUUAUAUUUUUAAAAAUGUUUUGAAAUUUUCAUCAAAGUGGCUACUUUGGGGAAUCCCAACACUGGACUUUGAGUGAAGAGACCAGUUUUAGUCAAUACUUGACUUCAAGUCAUAAACUAAAUCGAUACGGUUAAUAUAAAGCAUAUUAAAAUGAAAUUUUCUUUUAAUUUUGAUUAAAAUUCAACUCACACGUUUCAAAAGAUAGGAAAAUGGCACCACAUCAUUGUCCUAAUACCCUAAGAAACAAAUGAUCUUCUGGGGACCCCACUUUUUUAAAUACCAAAAUAAGAAACAAAGAAAUCAUCAAUGGAGGGGAGAUCCCUCCCCCACUUAUCUUGCGCUAUAGAUGGAAGAUGACCCGGGUGAACCUCUGUUACUUAUAUACCGAUACUGUGGAACACAUCGCCUCAAAGUCAACUAAACUAUUUACAAGACAUUGGGGGCUUAGAGGUUUGGGUGGAGCCUUUUGAACUCUCUGUGCCAAGAAGGAGAAGACAGAGUUCUUUUAGCAAGCUCAGCAUUUACUUUGCAAAAAAAUGCUACAAAAUAAACUAAUGAUAAUGAAAUGACUUCACAAAAAUAAAACUAUAUUAUAUAUUCUUGAAGGCAAUGUAGGAAAUUAAAUUACGAAUAAUGAAUUUAUUUUUAAAAAAUUAGUGACUUAUAUAUUGCCCUGGAAUAUCUGAAAAUGGGGUAUCCUAAUUUCUUUGUCAAAAUGACGACCUCUACUUUUUAAUUUACAGAGGUUAUCAUUGCUUGGCCUAAUAUUAAAUUUCUCAUCUGCUAAUUGCUUCAAGUUAAAGACGACAUCUUGCUUGUUAAAUUGAGAAUUUAUUUGAAGUUUUUUCAAAGUUUUGAAAAUUGAAUUUAAAUAAAUGUAAACUUUACUAAGCAACAACUUUAAAAAAAAAUAAAAAAUAGUCAAUUAUAAAAAAAACGGCUUAUGUCUGUUGGGCAUUCCCCUUUGAGUUUCUGUGUAGGAUUCUCUCCCUUUUGUUUAUUCUUGGAUUGUUACUAGAGUUAACCUUUCUUGUUUUUAAUAAUAAUGUGUCGUGUAAUAUUGUAAGUUAAUAUUUCAUUGGGUGGUUAAUUAUUAUAUUUAAAACGAGGCUAAAGUUUUAUGGCAUCUUGGAAUAGGUAUUGAUUUUUCUGAGAACUUUUGGAUUUUAUUUUUGGUGGAACUUCUAAUAAGUGUGUAAAAGUGUAUUUUAUGGAACUAUAAGUUUGGGGAGGGUUUUCAUUAUUUAAAAAAUAUUCUGUAUUGAUUUUCAUAAUUUUUACACUUUUUUAACCACAUGUUUUAGUUGAGGGAAGGUAGCAAACAGGUCGUUGACACUUCUUGCAGCAUAUCUAGAGGGAUACAAUAAAGUUGCUUUGUCCAACAUUUACCUGGUUUUUAAAAAAAAUGCUUCUAAAACUUAUUACGUCAUUUAAUUUUAUAAUUAAUUAACAAAUCCGAAUUUCCUAUGUGCAGACUGAAGCCAGUGGUCAAAACAAAAAUCAAUGCGGUCACUUUUUUAGGUUAUGUAAUUUUUCAUCAUGGCGACAAAUUGUUGUCUGCAUAUUACCUUUUAAAGCGAUAGCAGCCGUGGGGUAGUUAAUAAUUUAUUAAAUUGUUUAUUCAGACUAUAAUCUGGAAAUAUAACAUAAAUACUUAUUUUGGCUUAUCAAAUAUGUCACCACAAUUAAAUAUUUCAAAAAAUAUUAGGCAAAUAAACUUCUACUACUAAUUACUUAUAAGUCUAACACAGCUGUUCUCAACCUGUGGGUCUCGACCCCUUUGGGGGUUGAAUGACCCUUAUACAGGAGUACCGGGUAGCUCAAGACCAUAGGAAAACACAUAUCUAUGAAGUAUCAAUGAAAAUAAUUUUAUGGUUGAGGGUCACCACAUGAGGAACUGUAUUUAAGAGUCGCUGCAUUAGGAAGGUUAAAAACCACUGGUCUAACACAUUCUUUUCCAAUGGUGUCUUCAAAAGAAAAUUGCUAACACAACACAAUAAUUCAAAGAAUUCCACACCAUGUUUACAAAUGUUCCACAGGUGAAUUAUAAUAAGUGUCACAUCUUUCAAAUGAAUAUCAACAACUUAUGAAUUAUGUCAAAAAAAUUUAUAUCCUUUAGUUGUAGCCUACUUAUUCAGUGUAAGUCAAUGUUAAUAGCUAAAAUGACUGCAAACAAUAUCAAAAUUUUGCUUUAACUUAAUGAGUCAAAAAUAAGGAUAAAUUAUGCAGCAUUGAAAUUUUGUGAGUAGUGCUUGCUCCUUGAUUUUAAGGGUGACUGAAUCUCUGAUAUAAUUGUAUAAUUACAAAUAAAUGCUUGCUUUUUUAAUCAAUAAGUUGCAACACCACAUGAAAUUUGAGGUUUGUAACUUUAAUACUGGGUAUUUAAUAAGUUAUUAUUAUUUUUUCACUCUAAAUAAGCAAAUUUUAUUGAAUUUAUAUGGAAAAAAUAGCAUGUUACAUUUAAAAUAAUUAUUUAAAUAAGAAAAUGAUAUUCUAAAGCGUAUUUUAUACUUUCAUUUAUUAGUAUAUAAAGAAUGAGCUAUAAAACUUUCGAGUGACCGGGAUUGAAUGGUUAUAAAGCAGAGAAGCAACCUGAUUAGCUGGAAUCUCCCAGCUAAUCUCCAGGCUUGUAGUAUUGGGGCUAUAAAUCGACUCUUAGUCUUUUUUGCCAUUUCACUCUUGGGCCGAUGUAUGGGCCCGGUCAUCUCAAGAGGGUAACUAUAGUUAAAUUAAGUGAACUUCCAAUAAUUUCUUCUAAUUUAAGCUAAUAAUGAUAAGUAGGCUUAAAAUAAAAAUGAAACAUUCACAUACUGGUAUUAACAAAAAAAGGAUCAAGCCUAAACAUUGUCCUAGGCCUAAAGUCUUCUAACAAUUUUCAUAAAUGACUAGGGUCAAAAGCAUCUGGAAAUUUUGUUUAAAUCAUUUGAGAUAAGGUAGGCCUACUUCAGUAAAAAAGAAAAUUAUAAAAAUAUUACAGUUGUGUAGUGCAAACUUUAAAAAAAAGCAAAAAAAAACCAACGAAACCCGAAUCAACUUUCUAGCUUUAGUACUUUUUGAGCAAUGAAUUUUCAAAGAGCAAGUUGUUUUUAAUUUUAAUACUAUGGAUUGCACGACCACCUUUUGUGAUCCAAUUCAACAAAUCGCAUCAUGCGAAAUAACUCUAGUUUAAAUGAUAAUUUUAUACGACUUUUAUUUUUGGGAUUAAUGCUAUUGCAGUGGUUCUUAACCUGGGUUCGAUCGAACCCCAGAGGUUCGGUGAGCCGUAGUUCGGCGGAGGUCCAACACAAAAUAAGAAAAAAAAAUCAUAUUUUAUUUUACCUAUUAAGAAUGGUUCGGUGAAUGGGCAUAUGAAACUGGUGGGUUUCUGUUCCUCCAAAAAGGUUAAGAACAACUGUGCUAUUGCUAUAGUAAAAGUUAUAAUUUUAAAAUGUUAUUUCAGCAUUAUUUAUACUACAAUUAUAAAUAAAUUUUAAAUCGAAGGCGUCUUUUAUUAUAUGAUAUAUAUUGUCUACAUGAGGCGUCCCCUUAAAAAAUACUGGUUAGGGACUACUUAUUUUAAACUCUUGCACAUGAAUAAUUAUUUCCCUGACCAAUAGUCCAAUAAUAUCGGUUAACAACACCAAAAUAACAUAUUAACCCCUUAAUUAGCAACAUGAUUGUCCCAAAAUAUUUAUUUAAUUUAUAAUUGAAUUUCCAUGAUUAAACUAAUCAGGAUGCAGCAUCCAUUAUAAUAAUUUCAUAUUUUUGUAAAUCCUUCUGUCAUAAUUUUAUUUUUAACGUUUUAAAGAGGUUGAAAUCAAAUCCUUUGUUACCGGUACUAUCCUUUCUGAUAUCAAUCAUCAAUGAUUUAAGUUUAAAUAACUUUCUUCUCCAGAAAAAAAGGGAAGCCUAGUCUUUCGCCUCAUCUGAGCUCACUUAUGAUGCUUGGGACACAGCUUCUAAGUGUGGGAAGAUUCAAUGAAGAUCUCCCCUCAUUUAUCACAAGAGGUCUAGAUUCUGAGCAGAUUUGGCAGCAGCUGGAGCUCAGGAAUGAACAUAAACUUGCAUUUCCUAAAUGUACGAGGGACGUUGUGCGGAUUUCAACAAGAUCACAGCAAAAAAGCUUUAACAAGUUGGCAAAGAAAUCAGAUACAUCUCAGCAGAUAAACAAUAAUAAAGCUGAUAAUGGAGAAGAAAGUGGCCUCAGCAGUGGUUCAGAUAGCGGCGCAGAAGAUGAUCAUAUAUUAGAAUCAAUUAAAAAGCGCUUGACUGAAAAACCAUUGGAUAAAGAGGAUGAUGGAUUUAAUGAUACUGAUGAUAAUGAUGAACCAGAUGAAUUAGAUUUUGAUUUUGAUGUGGAUAAUGAAAUUGUUAAAGGACUUUCAAGUGAUGAGGAGGGGGCAGCAGACAUGAGCGCUAAGAAGAAACUUCCUAUUAAAAAUAAGAUAAAAAGGACCACCGUUGUAGAUGACAAAUUCUUUAAGUUGUCUGAUAUGGAACAGUUUUUAGAAGCAGAAGAUUUAAAGGAGGAGAGAAGAAUUAAAAAAGAAAGCAAAAGGAAUGAAGAUUCUGAUGAUGAGGCUGAGGAGUCAGAUGAUGAAGAGAUUGAUAUGUUUGCUGACGAGGAAUCUGAUGUAAGUCCAAUAAACUUAAAAUACUGAUACAUAUUCUGAUAUAUAAUAUAUAUACUGUGUAUAUAAAAAUAUUGGAAUUAGAAUCUCUUGUACUUAAAAAAUAAUAAAGAUAUUCUUUAAAUAUACAGAAAUAUGCGUUGGACUAUUUAAAAAAAAAAAGAAAAUGUAUACAUUACAUAUUAAAAAGGGGUGAGACAUUAGAUUUUUUAAUAUAGUUUAGGGGCGUAGUAACAGUGGGGGUCGGCAUAAAUAGACUUUUACAUGGAGGGUUACCAUCCUGUUGGUACUUUUAUUAAUGAUUUAUACAAACUUAAUAAAAUAUUUGUGUGUGGGAGAUAUGGGGCACUGGAAUUUUUGGCUUUUGCCCCACGCAGCACAAGUUGGGCCACAGUAUGGGUGGACGUAGUUUACACUAUAACUAUGGCAAUAUCUCAAAGGCCAAGUAUGUUUCAUGCCGUAAUGUAGACAGUUUUAAUGUAAUUAAAUAAUGUAUUUAACCUUAUUCACGCAAAACAUUUCAGGUAGGAGAAAGAUGUACAUUUUGUUGAGAGAGAAAAAUGAUAAUUAAUGAUUUCAGUAUUAUCUUUUGUCUCUCUUUCUUCUGAAUGAUUUCACUUCGUUACAGUCUUAAAUAAAUGUUUUGAAUGCAAUUUUCUAAUUUUCUUUUAUUUUACCAUGCAUAUUUGUUAUUGUGCACUACUUUUCUGCAGAUCCUUAUAUAAUCUAUAAUUUAGAAAGGAUACAUUUAUAAAAUGCAGUACUAAUGUGCAUGCAUUAAUGAAAAUGCAUUUAAAAUAUUUUAAAUGAAAUAAAAUUACAUUAGGGUUUUUUCAUACAAACAAAUAUUUCUUGGAGCUGUUAAAAAUCUGCCUUGGUCACUGGCAAAAACUGGAUCUAUGAGGCUUGAGAAUGUAGUAGUAAAGCUGCUAAUUAAUUUUUUAAAUAGAUUUAGACUUGUGUUAUUGUAAAUACGUUUUCAGUUUAUGAACCAUGAAAUAAUUUUUUACACCAUGACUCAAAAUUCUUUAAGUUAACAACUAUUUUUAUUCAUAUUUUUCGGUAGGAUGAAUUGGAUCCAAAAUAUAGGGAUUUUUUUGACCCACCAGAUGAUGAGGAAAAUGUACACGAAAAAAAGCAGUCAGGAGAGGAAAAAGAAAAUCUGUCCUCUAAUUCAGAGGAUGAUGAUGUGGAUUCUGAAGAUAAUGAAAGUGAUGAGCAAAAGGAAAAUAAGCCACACCAUAAAUUUGAGGAGUCUGAUGGUGAUGAUAGUGCUGAAGAUGAUGAAGAGGAUGAGAAAUUAUUAACAAAAAACAGUGAAAAGAAAGUGUCUUUUAAAGGUGACUUAUUGCAGAGGUAAGCAUGAUCAUUUUAUCAUCUUGUAUGCUCUUUAUCAUUAAGCAUUUUGUUCUGCUUAGUUGCAUCUUUUACAUCAGGGACUUGAUCCUGUUACACAUGAAGUUGAGUUUAAGAGACACUGUCACUUGUGUGUUUGAGUGUUUGACUUGAAUCCUAGUGUCUUAUAAGUAGUUUAUUUUCAUUGAGUUUUUUGUAUUGUAAUGUAACACUGCACUAAAUAAAUUAGACCUAUUGUUUGUUGAAACUUAUAUUCCAGAAAAUUUUAAGUGAACACUUCAAAUUGUUUUUCAUAUUGUUUGCAGUGAUGAUGAGGGUGAAGAACUACCUAGUCCUGCAAAGAAGAAAAAGGAAAACAAGUCAUCAUUUGAACUCAAACAAGAGCAGGUGAGUCGGACUGCAAUCUACUUUAAAAAUAUAUGUAUUGUUUUUUCUUUUACCAACUUGCAUCCACUGCAGUAGUCAUGUAACACAGUGCUCUUCUCAGUUUUUCCAGUGUGAUGGUCAAGAAGGAAUUUCUCCACAUUUCAAAGGACCACUGCCUAAUUUAUUUAUUGUUUGUCGUUUUUGGAGCUCCUGAAAUGUCAUAUCAUCAUGAUAAACAUAUUUAUUUUCUGUUUAAAAAAAUAUUAAACUUGUACGUUAUCUUAUAAAUAAAGAAAACCAAAGCUUGCAGGUGCUUAUUCCAGUUGCUUAAUCGGACAUACUAUUUCCUAUGUAUAGCUGCAAGCUAAGGCAAGAGAGAUGGAAGAACUUAGUUUGAAAGAGGCCUCAUGGGAAUUGAUGGGUGAAGCCACAGCAUCAAAGCGUCCAGAAAAUAGCUUACUAGAAACUGUUUUAGAUUUUCAACAUACUACCAGAGCAGGUAGGGGAAUGAUGAUUCCAGCUAAACAAACACCUCUAAUAUUAAUAAAUUAACAUUAAAUUAAGUUUUGGCUUGCCAUUAUCUAGUUUAUUAAUUUUUUUUUCUUCUUUACUGAUGAGAGUUUUCUUAACUUCAGUUUAGAAAGAUUUAUCAGCAUAUUGCAGGAUGGAAAUUUUGAUUGUAUUUGAACAUUUUCCAGCUCCUGUCAUAACAGACGACACAACCAAGUCACUAGAGGACUACAUAAAACAGAGAAUUAAGGAUAAGGUAUUAAUUUUGCCAGUCUUACUUUAAAGUACCUUGAAUUUAAUGUUAGAAUUAGACUUAUUCGAUAACAUUUAUCACUUUGUUUAACGCUUCAUUUCACUUCACCUCAUGAUAGAUUUGCCUUGAAUGACACUUGGAUAACACAAAGUUAAUACAUUUGUGAUAUGAACAAAAUCUUUCUGUUUCUACACUUGAUAUAUAUGGAUAAUUCCUUAAUAAAUCAAUUUUCAAAGACAUUUGAUGCACACAAAGUUAACAUACUUGUGAUAUGAACAAAAUCUUUUUUUGUUUCUAUACUUGAGAUAUAUAGAUAUUUCCUUAGUAAAUCAAUUUUCAAAGACGUUUGAUGCACACAAAGUUAACAUAUUUGUGAUAUGAACAAAAUCUUUUUGUUUCUACAUUUGAAAUAUAUCGAUAUUUUCAUAAUAAAUCAAUUUUCAAAGACAUUUGAUGACGUAGAGAGAAAAAACAAACCAAAAGAGGACGUGUUUGAAUUCAAAAAAAGGAUUGUGCUGGAUCAAGAGAAGAGCAAGAUGAGCUUGGGGGAGUUGUAUGAGCAAGAGUUUGUCAAGAAACAACAGGUGACUCUCUAAAGAUCAAUAAUUAUUAUUAUUAAUCUCUAUAUCGGCCAUUUUAGAAAAACAGUGGAUGGUACUUUUGAUCAGUUGAAAUUAUGCAGUACAAAGAGCAGUUACAAAUAUUUAAACAUGGCUUUUAGAUACCUGUUAUGUUUCCCAACAAUAGGAUUUUAUGAUUUAUUAAAAAACUUGACAUUUUAAACUGCCAUAAAAAUACAUUAUUUAUAGUUUCAUAAUCAUUGUUAAUUAUUUUAUAUACAAAAUUGUUUAUCAAAGACAAAAUAAGUUAGCAUAAAUAAUUUCAUGUGCAGAAUUUUAUAUUCUUAUUUAGCUACCACAAAACAAAAAAGGAGGGGGGAGAGGAAAGGGAUUUAAAGAAAAUAUAAUUAAAGGACCAAAUUUUUGUACCGUAUUAAUUAAGCUCAAAAGCAGGAAAUCUUUUUUGUCCACUCAAGGGUGUACUGUUAUUUAAUUCAAACUAUUUUCAAUGGAAAUGAUGUAAAUUAUUUUACCUCCUAAAAAUUUGUAAAUGGAAGUAAAGCCAUAUCUCUUUUAUUUGACAGCGGUUUAAGGACAUAGGUUUGCAACAAUGGUCAAAGAGAAACCACAUAAUUUGGAUCUUGAUCAGUUUUUUGUUGGGUACUUAAAUAAAAGAUUGUGGAGAUGUUUCAAAAUGCUUGAGCCAAUGACUCCAUGUUUUUAAUUUCAUAGAUGACUUAAUUUUUUUUUUUUAUUUAAAAUUCCCACACAAUGUUUUUGAUUCUUUUAAAAAGAAACACUUGUGUUUUUUGUUUUUUUUGACAUUGCACUCAGAUAAUAAGAAGAAAAAAAGUAACAAAAAUUGGUCAAUUUAUCAUAAAUAGAUUUACAAGAGUACAUGCAUGUUUCUUUGUGUUUCUAGAGUACAUCUAUCAAUUAUCAUCAAGCUAAGCUAUCUCUGACUAAUGCUGCAACUUUUUAUAAAUAACCAAAUUGCACAUGACAUGCCAGUCAAUUCACUUUGCUGCUGGAUGGUUUAAAUAAUAAAUAUAAUCUAAAUUAAGUGUGUGUAUUUAUACAGUAGUUUAAAAUAAUAGAUUUAUAAUUUUCGCAAAAGUUUCUUUUAAGUUAGUAUUUUCUUAUGCAGUAAUUCUAAAUAUGUAUUUCCUAUGUUUUGUUCCCCAACCUUUGCAGCAAGAGAAAGAUGAGGUUACGGCUGACCCAGAGUGUGAUAAAAUAGAGAAGGAGCUGAAUAAGUUGUUUCACCAGCUGGAUGCUCUCAGUAAUUUCAGAUACACCCCAAUGAAGGUUGGUUAGUAGCUGUCUUGAUAUAAAGACAUGGUAUUUAGUUAUCACUUUAUUUGUUUCAUGUUCAUGUGUGGUGAGUAAAUUUUAAAUACUAUUCAAUUUAAUUUUUUUAUCAGCCUGGAACUGAAGUUAAAAUAAUUGUUAAUACACCUGCAAUUACCAUGGAAGAGGUAGCACCUGUUGCAACAGCAGACUCAGAACUUCUUGCCCCUGAGGAAAUUCGCGUAAGUUAAGCAUGUUUGUGUACCGUACUUCAUGUCAAUGUGUGAGAAUUCCUGGGAGUCUGUUUUGUACCAGGCGGACUAUAAGCGUAGUGAUACUAAAGGCAAAGGGGGCACUACGUUAGCAGUUAGCAGUCAGUAAAGCGGGGAAGUCGGACGCAGACCUUACUGGUGUUGGGUGGGUAGUGUUGCCAGAGAUCCCCCUUAGUAUGUUUGGUUUUUGGCUAAGCCUGUUAGUGGAACCCACAUUACUAAUGGGAGAUUACUUAAGAUUAAAUUGUAGUGGAAUAAAAGUUCAUAAUUAAUAAUUAAUAACAGGAAAAACUCUUGUAUCAAGUCUUUGUGUACAGUGUGAACAUUAUACCCUAGACAACCGAGUCAUGCGAACCAAUUCGUGACACUUCAUUAUCAGCUAAUUAAAACAUUUGUUACAAAGCUUUCAAUAGCUUAUAUUUUUUUACAACUAGGUUUUAAAAAGCUUUUAUUAUUUUUCUCAAAUUUUCAGUUUAAUCAGUUUAGUGAUGUUUUGGUUUUUAAAAUAUAUAAAGGGUUUAGGAUUCUUUGUGAAAAAUAAAACAUUAUAUUUUAAAGCGCCCCAUUACCACAAUAUUUUAUACACAAUUUUUAAAGUCCUCCAUCUAUUGUUAUAAAUGUUUGUUACUGCUACCAUCCAGUUCAACAUACUUUCUAAAGAUAUUUUGCUCCUUUACAAAUAUCAUUGAAACAGGAGGCAAUAUCACAUCCCAGGACUUUAAUAACAUAUAUUUUAAACCAGGCCUGCACAAUAUACGUGCACGCCACGUUUGCCCGCUGGCACCCACUUUGUGGCCCUUGAAGUAACAAAAUAUUCUUUUUAAUUAUCAUUUUCUUAAUAGCUUUCUCUGCUGUCCUAUUUUCUUUCAGCCCCCUAAAGUUUUUCAUAAAGUAUUACGCCCAUCUUACAUUUGUGCAGGCCUGUUUUAAAUCAUUGAUUAGAUCACUUUGUGCAACUAAUGUAUCAUCAUUGACCACAGUACAAAAAUACACGUUUACUGAACAGAGGCUGCAUCAUUGAAGUACACAUUUGUUUGUUUUUGCAUUGAGAUAAUAGCCUUCACUGUUGUAGUUUAAUUGACCAAUUUAAAAUCAAACAGGUUUUGGACUUGGAAAUAAAUGAGUCAAAAUUUAUUUUAAGAUAAGUUAAGAUAGAAUUCUUUAUUGAUUCAAAUAAAUGGAUUUUAAAAAAAAUUGCAUUGUGCAUAUACAUUUUCAGCACAUAAAUAAAUACAUAUUUAAACCAAGACAACAUUUUACAAUUACAACAAAUUUAACACAAGACAUUUAACAGGUUUCUCUAGUGUAGAAAUCAGCCCUAAUGAACCCUUAAGUGACAAUAAUGACUUCAUUGGUGAUCAUUUAGAUUUGGUGUAAACGCAUGUUUGAUAAUAUUCCAGUUAUUGAGGGUGAUUAUUUGUUUUCUUGUACAGGAAAAGCAAAGAGGUGAUCUUAAGGCGGUCGAUGAGAAGUCGUCUACAGAUAAGAAGAGGGACAGAAGACAUAAGAAGCAAGAAAAGAGAGAAAGAAAGAAAGCCAAGGAGGCUCGGGAGAAAGUGGUGGAGAAAUUAAAGCCAGGACUUGGUAACAAAUACAGCAAAGCCAAGGCUUUGAAACAGCUUGAACAGAUUAGCAAAUCAGACAAGAACGUCACAGUGAUUAAGGUAAGAUUAAAUUGACAGCAAUGAGCGUCAGAUUUAGAAAAAUAUCAAUUAACUUUCCUCAGUGUAAUAAAUAUAAUUUUUAGGCAAUAAUAUGAUCCAUUUAGUGUAACUUGAAAUCUCAUUCCUAUCAGUUGCUUCUCAGUGCAUCAUUGUAGGUCCUGAAAAAAUCCUAUUUUUUUAAUUUUACCCCAGCAAGAAAAAUCACAAAUCCAAGAAGCCUCUAGCGGUGUGAUUCCUGAUGAUUUAUAAUUGAGAAAAAGAAAGAAUUUUUUUUUUUAUUUUAUAUUUUUAUCUUUUUGUCAUUAUUCUCUUGGUCAUUGGUGUAAUAUGUUGACUAAUUAAAUUGGAGUUGGACUGCGAAAAAAGCUUUUAAGCUUUGAAUUAAAUUUAAUUGGACUGUUUCAUUUACACAAAUUGUUUGUGUCUUAUAAUUUUAUAUACAUUAUUGUAACACUUUCUUAAAUUAAAAUUAAUUUAUCUUAAAAUCUGAGUUUCGUCCCUUGGUAUAGGACUUUGGAAUGACUAAGUCUGGCGGCAGCUUUUGGGAUUAUAAAAUACUAAUCAAAUUCACAUUUGGAAUACAAUCCAUAUCAGAAGUACAAUGCACAUUUCUCUCAGCACCUUAGAAUAUUUUAGAAAUGGUUUAACUAAAACCAGGUGAUUAUUACAUAAUUACAAACAUGUAGAGAAAUGUGCAGUGUCUUGAGAUCACACAUGGCAAAAAGUUUUUAUUGGUUGUAAAAAAAAAAAAAAAAAAAAAACUGUUUGAAAAAAAAACCCUUUAUGUUUUUUUUUUGGGGGGGGGGGGGAGUAAUUCUUCUGCCAAACUUAGAAUCACAACAUUUUCACAAUAUCAGGAUUGUGGUCUAUGUUGAAAUGUUGGUUUCCUUUCCAGACAUAUCUCCUGAUGUUUCACUGUCCCUGUCAAUCCGUGUCAAUGUUUAAAUGUUGUCUGCCUUUCCAUACAUGCUGUCUGUUUCACUGUCCCUGUCAAUGUUUAAAAGUUGGCUCCCUUUGCAUACAUAAUGCCUGUUUCACUGUCCCUUUCAAUCCGUGUCAGUGUUCAUUUUAAAAUAGUAUUUUCAUUUCCUAUAAACAGUGAUUGCUUUCAAAUACUGCGGAAGUCUCAUAAUUUUUUUGUUGCAUUCAACAUUAAGCUUGUGUUAAGUUUAAGCAUAAAAAAUGCUAAUAUAAAAUAUACCAACUCUGUGAACUCUGCUUGUGUACAGAUAAUAAAUGAUGCAUUCAGGUUCAUUGCACUAAGAUAUGCUAUAGUCCUUAUGUUUCCAUUUCUAAAUGACCAGUUUUUUUUUACAAAUAUUUUUUUUUUUAACAGGGUGAACACAGAAAACUAGCAUCCACGUCUUUCUUCACACAACUUCAAGAAGAGGUGCAGACGAAUGCCAGAGCAAAGAAAGGGGCUAAGGAAAAGACCAAAAAGAUUGUAGAUGCCAGCAAGCUGAUGUUAUAGGAUUUAAAAUUAAUAGGGACAUAAUAAAUAUAUACUUUGUUUAUUAAAAAUGUGUUUGACAUGUGUUCAAGUUUUUUUAUAAUAUUGAAUAGCUGAACAGUUUAUGCCAGCCAAUGGGAUGAAUUGUACACAGGCAUUACACUAUUUAUGGAAUUCAAUUCUUGUGUUUAAUAAAGUCUGAU